CUCAUUUUAGUUAAUUAAAGGUUAAAUAUGUUUAGCCGGUUAUUAUAGGGACCAAAUUUGCAAUAAACUUAUAACUUAGGGAUUAAAACCAUCAUUUUUUCUUAGUUAUUUUCCUCUUUUGGGUAUAUAUAAGAGAGCUACACAACUGUAUUCAGUCAUCUUCUAUUUCUCUCAAUCUAAGAGCAUUGAAAUUAUCGCUCAGAAAAACAAUAACAAUGGCAAGUCACUCUGACCCGGUGGCAGCCAAUGCAGAGGUGGCGGCGGCGGUGAAUGCAGAGGAGGAGGUGGCGGAGGCGACUGCUCAGCCGAUUGUGAACGCGAACGAUUAUCUCCUUCAGCAGCAGUUGCGGUUGUUUUGGGCAGCUCAGCUUCAAGAGAUCAUACAGAUAAGAGAUUUCAGGGGCCACAGUCUUCCCAUUUCUCGAAUCAAGAAAAUCAUGAAAUCGGACAAGGAAGUCCGUAUGAUUUCUGCUGAAUCGCCUAUUCUGCUUGCUAAGGCAUGUGAGCUCUUUAUUCAGGAGCUCACCCAUCGUUCCUGGCUUAAGGCCCAAGAAUGUCAGCGUCAGACUCUAAAAAAGAUUGACUUAUUUACGGUGCUUAAGGAGACUGAACUCUUUGAUUUCCUUGUGGAUGUCAUUUCUAUGGAUGAGCCAGAGGAAGAAGCUCCUACUUACGUGCCUGGCAUGUUGGGUAAUAUACCAAAUCGUAUCUCGUACUAUUACUCACCAAUGGGACCUCCUGCUCCACCAAUGGCACCUCUUGCUCCAUCAGUGAGACCUCCUGCUCCAUCAAUGGGGCCACCUGCUCCAUCAAUGCCUACUUCACCCAGGGGGAUCAUGGGAAGGCGUGCUAUGCCUUGGGUUGCACCAUCAAUGCACGUCCCGCCUCCGUUGUACCCGCGGAAGUUCGGUUGGUAUGCUGCUGGCGGUAAUCCAUAUGCUACUGGAGGGAGCAGUGGACAGGGUAGCGGUGAUCCUCAAAGGUAACUUUGUCAUUUCCUUAAUUCACUAAGAGGGUUAGAAGAAAAUGAAUCAUUUUUUCAAGUAAAAAUUUAUUUUUUCCAUUUUUGUUGAAGGUGGUAACUUCUUCUUUUUUUCAAAAAAAAAAAUUCUUUCUCACAAGAGACAAAGGGAACGUUUCCCCAUGAAUGGUUUGUCUCCAUGAAAAAAGCUUCCACACAUGGGGUCUGUAACUGCAAUUUUUUUGGUCUUUGCUUUACUUUCACUCUAUCAGAUAGUAGCUACAAACAUUUUUGCAUUGUAUAUGUUUGCCUUCUUGCAUUUAGGGAAAUCUUAACUAAAUUUGAGUAAAGUACUUAUAAAAUUUUGUGCUUUCUCUCUUUACUUGUAAAAACAAUUUUUUUCUGCAC